CGUAUCACACACACAUAAUCUCCGAAGUGUUGGUUAGCUUUAUAAGAUAUUUCUAGUGGUUUAGCAGAGGUUAGAUUAUAUCAAAACCUACGGAUUUAGACACUGCAAGGAAAUCGCUAUCAGAAUAUCAUGGGAUUGAGGUAGUGAUGUAAAUGGUGAUUUCUGCUUUUGUUUUUUUCAAGAAGUAUCUUUAAGUAACCAUCAGCUAGCCACUUCUGACCUAACGUUACGAGACUGUUGGGUCAAAUAUGAUCGACGACUUUGAAAGCAAGGGUGCAAGGUCCAGCGGCGAACUGUGGUCCGAAAUCUGCUCUAAUUUACCCAAGACUCAAGAAGAGGGUCAAGAUGAGAAAGCUCAAUUUACAGAUUCUUUCCAACCCUCGGCACAAAACGGCACACAAGGGAAUGGAAUUUGUUCAAUGUCUGCCUUCAGUCCAUGGGAACCUAUGGCUGAUUCUGAUAUCUACAUAGCCAGUUUAGAAAAUCGUUUGAAAAGAAUCAAGGGCCAGGCAAGUGAGGUUACCUCAAGAGAGAUGCUACGGUCUCUUUCACAAGCAAAAAAGGAAUGUUGGGACAGAUUCCUGCAUGAUGCUCAGACUUCAGAACUGUUCCAAAAUGGAGGGGAUAUGGAUGAGAGUGCUUUGGAGCAUUUUAAGCGCUGGCUGAUCCCUGAGAAGGUGGCCAUCAGUGCAGAGGAGCUGGAGUACUUGCUGCGACCAUCUCAAACUCAAGAGCAACCAGGUGGAGACCCCUCUCACAGCGAGGCUGAGGAAGAACAAGAGGACAAUGGGCAAAUGGAUGAGGCCGCAAGUCCAGAGAAAUAGAUUUGGUCUAGGCAGCAGCAGUCAUUUUAACAGGUUAACAGGUAAACCUCUGUGCAGUGGUGGCGUUGCUGGAUACCACCUUGACCGAUUUGGAGGCAACAGCAGAUGAUUGCAUCACAGACACAUUUCAAUGAUGAGAUGUUUGCCUCAUGUAUAUCCAUAAGUGGUGUUUAUGCUCUUUGUCAGCAAAUAAGGGUUAAAAGGCCAUUAACUGAGCCAGCCGAUCCCUGUUAAGACCAUUUAAGGCUAUUAUUCUAUGAGAAAUUAUGUGCUCCCUGUUAAAUGUCAGGUUUGUAUGAUACAGUAAUGUUUGUUUUUAUCACUGCAGUUAUGCACAAUUCCUUUAAAUGUCAUACAUGUCAAUGGCUCAUGCAUUUAGCUUGUAAUUGUAAAUCCACAAAACCAUGUUGGGAUUAUACUUUGAUGUCUGUAUAUUAUGGAUGUCAUUAACUUGUGUUUUUAUAUUUGAGUAUUAAAAUCACCUGGAAGAGUA